GUUGUUUUAAUGUUCCAUCGUGCGCUGCUGUAGUAUUUUGUGAUUACAACAAUUUACAAUUGUAUUGAUAUAGGUUGAAAUAUUUAAUAGUAAACGAUUAGUUAUUUCCAUUUACAAUAUAGUUAUUUUUUUGUGUUUACUUUUGUGUUUUUUUUUUGUGUAAAUAAUUGUUCUCAAGUCUCAAUUGAACACGUAUUUUUUUGUUUAAAAUUAGCUAACUGAGGAAAAGUAAAUAAUGUCUUUGUACGACGAUUUCGAUGUCGUUAAACAAAAAUCUGACGGCUGGUCAUCAGGCAUGAAGCUCUUCCAGUCGCAAAUGCAGUUGAAAAAAGCAGCUCAAACUCAGCCAAGAAGAGAAGCAACCCGUAAAUCCACAUCAGUUUUAGCACCAGUAAUUGAUUUAAAGAAAAAAGAUGAUGAUGAAUCCAUGUUUGACCCAGGACUUGGCUUUACAAUUUUUCCCAUUGCCCGAGAAGGAAAAAAACCUCAACGUCCGUCAUUUCCACCUAUGGACUGGACUUUUGAUGGCAAUGAAUAUGACCCUAUGAUUCCCAAUGAUUACGAAAGAGUAGUUAGAGAUUUAAGAGACAUGCGAGAUAAAGAAAAAGAAAAAGAAGAUGAUGAAAGACGAAAACGAAGAGAAGAGCGAAAUAAAAAUAGAGACCCUGGUUACACUAUGAUGGAUUUACCGGCUGGCUUUACACCCAAUACAGAUGAAAGACGCAAAACAGGAUUUACAGGAUUUGGUGGACGUAAAGAUAGUGAUAGCGAAGAAGAUGAACCAAAGCCCAUGAGUAGAAUCCCUGGUGCCGCAAUUGCUCCUCCACCGUCAUUGCAGGAAUCAUUUGUAACAUCACCCGGACCUCAGCAGACUUCUGGAAUUGGUAUGGGCAUGGGUGUUGCUGCUAAAAUAAUGGCCAAAUAUGGUUUUAAGGAGGGGCAAGGAUUGGGGAAGAAAGAACAAGGUAUUUCAGUGGCUUUACAAGUAGAAAAAACAAGUAAAAGAGGUGGUAGGAUCAUUCAUGAGAAACCAGGUGGUAAUGUUUCACCACCACCCAUAACUUCUAUGGCUGGUAUGAUACAAGAUGAUUUUGUAGCACCUGCUCCGCCACCUCCCAAACCUUUACAAAGUAUCACAGAAAUAAUGAAAGAACAAUCAAAGGUAGUAUUAUUACGAAAUAUGGUUGGACCUGGUGAGGUCGAUCAAGAUCUCGAACCUGAAGUAAAAGAUGAAUGCAACACUAAAUAUGGGGAUGUCAACAAAGUAGUUAUAUACGAAGUUCCAAAUGUUGAUCAUGAAGAAGCUGUACGGAUAUUUGUGGAAUUUAAACGUAUAGAAUCAGCUAUCAAAGCUGUUGUUGACCUAAACGGUAGAUUUUUUGGUGGUAGGCAAGUAAAGGCUGGAUUUUAUAGUGCAGAAAAAUUAAAUAGUUAUCAGCUCCUUGAUUAAAACAAACUAUUUAAUAAUUUAAAAAAAAUAAUUGCAUUGUAUAAUUUUAAUAUUUUUGGACAAAUGUUAUCAAUAAUUUUGUGUAUAAAAUAGCUUAGGAUUUUUAUAUUAAUAUACCUAAUAUUUAUGUCUUGGAUCAACCCUUAUUCCAAGACACCCUUGCUCCCAAUUUAUUAUGAUGAUAAAGCUAUAAUCUCUAUUCAUGGUAGUUUACAUUGGUAGUUCCAUUACAGCUAAGGCCUAUGACCAUUUUGCCAUCUCACUUGAAUCUUAUUUCUGUAUGGUACUCUCAAUGGAGAAUAAAAUUAAACCGCAACAAAUCUAUACACACAACCUUGCCUUUACAACACAGUCUUUGCCCGACUUCAUAUAUGUACCUUCAUCCAAUGCUGUUAAAUAUUUAUGCUUCACAGAUAAGAGAUUUAAAUGGAACCAACACAUUAGGUCAAAAAGAUUUAACUCUAAACUCGUAUUUUCAUAUGCUUAAAACUAUAUUAUAAAUAAACAAAUUUCAAAGUUCAAAAAUCAAACUUUUAACUAUAUGUCUCUACCAAAACCGAUGUAGACUUAAAGUCUACAACUGUAGAGCUUAACUAAAAAACCAAACUUAGCAGAAUAACACACUAUACCAAAUCACUAAUGCUCCACCUUACAUUUCAAAUCUAAUUUUGAACGACUUACGCAUCAAAACAAUUGAAGAAGAAUCUACAGUAUAUUACAGGUGAUUCUUCUUACGUCUAGUUAACCAUUAAAACUCACUCAUCAGGGACUUAUAUACCUUGAAAAAGGUAAUCUU